AUGUCUUCGCACUCGACACCUAUUUUGUACCUGAACAUGGGCGGUGAGAUGUUGUACGUUCUACGCCAGAGGCUGAAGGCGCAGCGGAUCGACGUCGGCAAAACGAUACAAGUACUGGACGACGUGACUGCGGCUCUGCUCAAUCCCAAGAUCCUGUCGUCGAUCUUCGAGGAGACGCCGAUGAUUGGGGUGCCGCAGUUGCGCUCCACCUUGGAGCGCGUCGCUCUCUCGUCCAUCAUGAAGCUCGACAAGAGCAGCAUGGACAAGCUCUUCGACCUGAUGAUCAUGAUGGUGAAGUACCAGUUAACGGCGGCGACCGGGCCCAGGGAGGUCAUCCUCAUCACGUUGAAUCACAUAGACGCGAUGCGCGACAUGGUAAGCGACGUGAACGCGCAAAAGUGCGUCACCCUGGUGCAUCAGAUGAUCGUUGACUUCUACGGCUGUGUGACCUUCGAUGAGGUCUGGAGCGCGCGGCAGAGCUGCCUGAAGGAGCUGGAGCUGUACAGCGUACGGGUUUCGAUCCUUCUACGCCGCGGUCUGCAGAACGAAGACGCCAGUUUCAACGUGAUACCGCACAAGUACGACGAGAAGUACGCGGAGCGCAGAAACGGCCUGGCCACCAUGAGGCUGAAGGACGUGAGCCCGGAAACGUGCUGCGGCGGGUCCUUCGGCACCUUCGGCGAUAGAAAGACGUUGUUGGGCAAGAACAUAUACCUGCCGACGUAUGGCAUAACGGACAACACGAAUUCACGGCGGGACAACCAGCAAUUCCUGAGAGACUGCGGCGCGAAAGCAGAACUGGGUAUGCUGGCGGUUCAGUUGGGCACCGAGGAGACCAACUACGAGAGGCCGUUCACCCUCAACUUGCUGUCGAACGAGGACGAAGAGAACGCUAACAAUGAAGUCGACGCCGAGGGGAAUAGUGUGAAGCGGGCUGACUCAAAGCCGAAGGUGAACGAGGAUUACAGAGCCAAGCUAGACAUGUACGCGGACUUGUUCGAGGACGAGCAAGAGGGACUGAAACGCAGCAUGGGUCUCCUCGAGCUUCUCGACAAGGUCGAGUGAUCUUUUUAGGAUCUUCAAGAAGGGCCUAACGUCGGGAACACAACGAAUCGCAAUUAUUUCUCCUGUAUUUCUCCUGCAUAUUUGUACACCCGUGAUACCCCUACAAAUAAACAUAUUACAUUUCCAUUACAAAAUUACCGCUGCUAUCUUACAAGACGCACUUCUCACUGCAGUUUCGUCGAAAUCACGUAAAAUUGUACAAACUUAUUUUACAUAUCACCGGAGAUACGCACGAAAUGCUACUAAAUGCAAAUAUAUUGCCGAACCCAAGCUGUCUAGAAGAAUAAAACGAUAUCCGGAGAAUGGAAAAGAAAAUUCACAUGUAACUGUGCACCGUUUUAAA